AUGGACGAUAUCUCACUCGAGCCAGAUUUCGUUAAUGAAUUCACCAAGAAUGAGCUCGAAUUUUUGGAUGAGCUUCAAAGAAGCAUCGAAACGGAAAUGCAUGAGGCGAUACAACAGAUCGAAAAUGAAGACCAGAACAUCCACGUGGAAACGUUAAAGGCCUUCACUGAGUCUCAGCGACUUAUGGAAGAAUUUGGCAACACCAUCAGACAGGAAUUCACACGCUUUGGAGAAAAACUAACAUCGUUCCAAGCCUUCCUAGAAGACAUGGGGACCAGACAUCGAAACUUGAUGUCGACAGCUCGCAAACGCGAGCAAACUCCAAUGUCAGAUGAUUCCACAGCAGUGAGAAUUGACUAG